AUGCCCCGGCACGACUUGUACCAUUUGCGCUUCGACCUGCACCAGCACUUUGCCGCAAAAGUGUACACGUCAGGCUCGGCAGUUACCGGCCAGGUCAGUCUCUGCGCCCUGCGCGACAUCAAGUUCGACGACCUCGAGAUAUGCCUCGUCGGGAUCAGCACGACCCAAAACUUCCUCCACCAUGAAUCCGGAGCCGUCGCCGCGACGUUUAUGAAGCUCGUCAUGCCCAACCUACGCCGCGACUUCCCCCCCAACAGGACGUUUCUUGCCGGGCGGGAAUACUCGUUCCCGUUUCGCUUCAUCGUGCCGUCUCAUCUCGCCAUGGGGGCGUGCCGGCAUAAGUGCGCCUCGCCCGUGGUUCGCGAGCAGCAUCUACGACUGCCGCCCACAAUGGGCUUUUGGGACGGCCACGACCAGUCGCCUCAGAUGACGCAGGUCAGGUACGCCGUCUCGGUGCUCGCCACCAAGCAGUCGUUGCUGGAACAUCUGCAGACCAGGGUGGUUGAGGGGUCUCACAUGAUCAGGGUCCUCCCGGCGUUUUCGGAAGACCCUCCGCUGGAAAUUUCUCCGCUCGAUGAUCGGUAUGCUCUAUCGAAAAGCAAGACCAUCAGGAAGAACUUUGUCGCAAGCAAGUUGGGCAGACUCACCGCCACCACGGCCCAACCCAAGGCGCUCAUGCUCUCUCCGGAUGGGCACGCCGCAGGAGGGACCUUGUGCCGCAUCAAGCUCGCGUUUGAAUCCUCCGGCAGCCAUGUUCUACCGCCCAAGAUCAACGCCAUAUCCGGCAAGCUUGUGACGCACACCUACUUUGACAUUUCGUCCAUGACUCGGCUCCCCAACCUCGGCAACUGCAGCGCCUGUGAACUCCCGUGCCCCUACCAGUACACCACGUCGAAUAAACUAUUCACCCUGGCCAUGGCCGACUGCAUCGACUGGAAGGAAGAAGCAUACCAUGCCUCCUGGGAAGAGUUCAUGUUCCCCUCCACAGUGCCACCAGAGAGACGUGCCAGCGCGGCGACCUGCCCCGAAGGAGUCGGGAACCCCAAACGUCUGGUCUCGGAAAUUGAUGUCCGGUUCUCGCUUCCAGAGGACAGCAGGGUCGUUUACCUACCUACUUUCCACUCGUGCCACAUCUCUCGUGCUUAUACGCUCGACUUGGCGAUUUCCGUGGGCCAGACUUUUACAACCUUGUCUUUGGCAGUGCCGCUGCAGAUUGGCGUCGAGGCAUUUCAUCCUUUACAACGCAGCGCAGUACCACAGCUCGAGGCUGAAGUUUCUUUUGCGCGGGGGCAAGACCACGGCCGAAGGAACACCUACGCAGGGUGGCCGGGCUCCAUGUGGGAGAGCGAUAAUGAGUUGCCCGGGUAUGAUUAG